GGCCCCGCUCCGCCGCUCCCCGACCCCGCCGGAGCCGCCGCCGGGACCAUGGAGGUCGUGGAGGCCAGCACCCUUCAGCAGGAGAGGCUGCAGGCCAUCGCGGAGAAGCGGAAGCGUCAGACGGAGAUCGAGAACAAAAGGCGGCAGCUCGAGGAUGACAGGAGGCAGCUGCAGCAUCUCAAGUCCAAGGCUCUGCGGGAGAGAUGGCUCCUGGAGGGGGCCCCAGCUUCUGCCACCGAGGAGGAAGAGGCCAUGAAGAAACAGAUGCAGGAGGAUGAGGUGAAGACCAAGGAGCUGGAGGAAACCAUCCAGAGGCUGGAGAAGGAGCUGGAGAUGCUGGAGAACAGCAGCUCAGUGGCUUCCACCAAGGAGAACCUGUCAGAGGCAGCAGGCAAGGAGGAGAAGAAGGCUGAGGCCGUCCCCAACACGCAGAAGAGUCCCCUGGGCACAGUUAAGGGUGGUCGUCUCUCCUCUCCAUCUCCAGCCGACAAGAGGGUCUCCAGCAGCCCCAUGAAGGCAGUGGAAGGCAGUGAGAUGAUGAAGGCGGCCAUGUACUCGGUGGAGAUCACGGUGGAGAAGGACAGAGUGACUGGGGAGACCAAGGUCCUGUCCAGCACCACCAUGCUCCCCCAGAACCACUGUCUGCAGGGGGUCAAAGUGUACGAGGAUGAGCUGAAAGUGGUGCACGCGGUGAGCGCCGAGGACGGGGCCCUGCAGAACGGAGCCCACCCCCUCAGCUCCUCCGAGGUCGACGAGCUCCUGCACAAGGCGGACGAGGCCACCCUGAGCGAAGCUGCCGGGCGCCAGACCCCAGCCAAGGCUGGCAAGGGGGGUGGCAGCGCCCCGGGCAGCCAGAAGCCGACGCCACGACGGGAGAUCACGGGGCUGCAAGCGAAGGUGCCACCGGGCGAGGGGACAGAGCCCAGCCAGGAGCAACCCGUCACCAUGAUCUUCAUGGGCUACCAGAACGUGGAGGAUGAGAACGAGACCAAGAAGGUGCUGGGGCUGGAGGGGACCAUCAAGGCAGAGCUGGUGGUGAUUGAGGAUGCCGAGAGCAAGCCGGAGCCGGCACACAAGGACCACACGCCGCCCAACGGCACCGCCCUGGAGCCGGCGGCCGCCCAGGCGCUGGGCGAGGAGGGCGCGGGCGGGCAGAAGCCGGGUGCCAACGCCACAGAUGCCAAGGAGGCCGAGCAGGAGACAGACGUGAAGAAGCAGCGCUGCAAGUGCUGCACGGUGAUGUGAGCCCCCGCCGGGACACAGCCCCUCUUUCUGCAGAACCGGGGAGAUCCAACGUGGUGCCAACGGGGCCGCAGCGGGCAGCGGCCAGCCCCAUCUGCCCGAUGCCAGCCCCGUGCCGCCCCCCACCAGCGCUGCCUGUGGUAUUUAUUAGUGACCCCCCUCGCCCCACGGUGCGCCCGCCCCAUCACAGCCCCGCCUCGUGCCCACCUGCCACCGGCAGCGGGGCCUUUCCCUCUGUCACCGACACCGUCCCACCCGCCGUGCCGUCGGAGGAUGGAGCCGCCGGGCAGGGGGUCGGAGGACGGCACCGUGUCCGUGGAUGACUCCCCGGGAGCCGCCACCAGCGGGACCCACUCUUGGCCCAGCCCACGGUGGGCAUCGGACCCAGCCCUGUGCCAGCCCCUCCUCUGUGCCUCCAUCAUCCGCUGCUCCAGCGGGGAAAGGCCUGGCUCUGCUGGCCGCUGGCUGCCCGUGGACAUCUCUGCUCCAUCUCGUGUCCUCGUCCCUGAGGUCCCCAAGCUCUCGAGGACAGGGCGUGUCCAGGCAAGGGCAUCGAGGGCAGCGUCCAUCCCUCCCUGUACUCGGCUGUGGUCAUGGCCAGGGCCACGUGGGGCUCCUGCAGGGUCAGCCCAGCCUGUCCCCAGGCCUGCUCUGCUCCUCCCGGGCUCAGCUCCAGGUGCUGGAGCCCCUCGCUCUGGUGCUGGCAGUGACAGCCAUUCCUCUGUCUCGGCUGCCAGCCGGUGCCACUGGGCUCUGCCAGCUGAAGGGGCUGAACUGUGCUGUGGGCAGCGCCCGUGUCCUGCUGGGGCAGUGCCAGCAGGGAAGGGCAACUUGGGGGGCCCAGCCUUGUGGGGCAGGAAUGGGGUGGGGGUCCUGUGCUUCCUCGUGGCAGCAGGAGUGUGGCCCAGCAUCCUGUUCCCUUCCUGCCUCUGCUGCUCAGCAGCUUUGCAGAGCCACGUUCUGGGGUCCUGGGCUGCAGCUUUGGGGCCCCCAGGGGAGUGGGGCAGCCCAGUUCACCCCAGUACUGGCACUGGGAGCUGCCAGGGGUCUGGUGUCCCACAGAGGGCAGCCUCCCUGCUGCCCCACCCUGCACCCCAGCCCUUCAGUGGGGAUUUCACCACCAGCACCAGCGUUUUCUCCCCACUGAGACCAGCUGGGGCAGGCGGGAGUCCCCCAUUUUUUUUGAUCCCCAGUGCCCACAUCAGCUGCCCCUGUGCUGCAGCAGCUGGGCUGGCAGUGCUCACAUACUUGCCCAGGAGCUCUGGGCAGGGUGCAGCCACUAGUGAGGGAUCCUUGUUCAAGUGUGAGAGGGUUCUUUCUGCCGUGAGGCUGGGCAAGUCCCCAGGAUCCCCCAAAACGUGUGUGGAGCAGCAUCCAAGCUGCCCAGAACACUGGUGGUCGAGCAGCCAGGGACAGGGCUCAGCUCCCCCAAGGAUGGGCCUUCCUUCCCCCACACUCCCCCUGUGUGAGCAGUGACAGCCCCUGUCCCAAUGACAUCCCCGUUGUCCCCCAGGUACCACCCAGGCUGCAGUUUUCCCCCCAGUAGAGUCAUUGCAGGGCUCAGGGGGGGAGGGCUCGUGGUGCUACCCCUGUCCUGAGCUCCAGCCAGGCACCCACAGCCCCUGGGAGAGGCAGGGCUGAGGAAGGGGGGCUUUGGGAGGGCACUGCCAGGGGAAGGGGGGCCUCUCCUGCCCCAUCCACUGCUGGGCAUCGCUGGAGCCCCAUUGCUGCAGAGCAGGGCACGGGCUGGGUGCCACAGGGCAUCUGCCCCCGUAAUCCUGGGGAGAAUGUCACCUCUUGCCACCCCACAUCAGGGGCCAACACCACCCACCCCGUCCCACCCUGGGCCCUGCAAUCCCCCCAGCCCCAACCUGGGGCUCGCUCCCUCCCCCCCUUGGCACCCCCUGCCCCUCGGUUGGCUUUGACCCCCAGCCCAAUCUGGCCCCGGGGGUGGUGGGGAGCAGGACCAGGCCCCGGGCCGGGGCUGGGGUGUGAGAGGAGUGGGCGGUGGGCCUGGCAUCGUCCCCCCCCCUGCCCCCCCCCCAGCUCUGCUGAAGUGCACUUCCCGUUCCCCUGAGCUUUUCACUUGUGCCGAAGCCGUUUGAAUUCCCUUCCCUUUCCCAUCCCAUCCCCACCCCGUUGUUUGUAAAACACCCAAACCGAGCAAAUAAAACUGUGUGAACAA